CGGAGGGUGGCCGCGCCGGGGGUCGCGAGGGCUAGAGCGGAACCGCAGCGGCUGAGCCCCUGAGCCGCCCUCGAGGCAGGCACCCGGCCGCCGGGACCCAGGACAUGGUGCGACCCGCGCCGGGCCGCCGCCGUCGCCGCCGCCGCUGAGCUCGCGGGCCGCGCCGGGCUCGAACGUGGGAGCGGGAAGAUGUUUUCCGCGCUCAAGAAGCUGGUGGGGUCGGAGCAGGCUCCGGGCCGCGACAAGAAUAUCCCCGCCGGGCUGCAGUCCAUGAACCAGGCGCUGCAGAGGCGCUUCGCUAAAGGGGUGCAGUACAACAUGAAGAUAGUGAUCCGAGGAGACAGGAACACGGGCAAGACUGCACUGUGGCACCGGCUCCAGGGCAAGAAGUUUGUGGAGGAGUACAUCCCCACGCAGGAGAUCCAGGUCACCAGCAUCCACUGGAACUACAAAACCACUGACGAUAUCGUGAAAGUUGAAGUCUGGGACGUAGUUGACAAAGGGAAGUGCAGGCGGCGAGGUGAUGGCUUGAAGGUGGAGAACGACCCCCAGGAGGCAGAGUCCGAGAUGGCCCUGGACGCCGAGUUCCUGGACGUGUACAAGAACUGUAAUGGGGUGGUCAUGAUGUUCGACAUCACCAAGCAGUGGACCUUCAACUACAUCCUGCGGGAGCUUCCCAAGGUGCCGACCCACGUGCCAGUGUGCGUGCUGGGGAACUACCGCGACAUGGGCGAGCACCGAGUCAUCCUGCCUGAUGACGUGCGCGACUUCAUCGACAAUCUGGACAGGCCUCCAGGCUCCUCGUACUUCCGCUAUGCCGAGUCCUCCAUGAAGAACAGCUUUGGCCUAAAGUACCUUCACAAAUUCUUCAAUAUCCCGUUUCUGCAGCUUCAGAGAGAGACCCUGCUCCGGCAGCUGGAGACGAACCAGCUGGACGUGGACGCCACACUGGAAGAGCUGUCCGUGCAGCAGGAGACCGAGGACCAGAACUACGACAUUUUCCUCGAGCUGAUGGAGGCACGCAGCCGUGGCCACGCGUCCCCACUGGCAGCCGACGGGCAGAGCCCAUCCUCAGGCUCCCAGUCUCCAGUGGUGCCUCCCAGCGCUGUGUCCACAGGGAGCUCCAGCCCCAGCACACCCCAGCCAGCCCCACAGCUGCCCCUCCACACCCCCUCGGCCAGCCCCUGUCCCCCACCCCCCACGGAGGCCCCACUGCCCCCUGCAGCCCCUGCCCCGCGGCGCAGCAUCAUCUCGAGGCUGUUUGGGACCUCACCAGCUGCCGAGGCAGCCCCUUCACCCCCAGAGCCAGCCCCAGCUGCAGAGGCCCCAACCAAAGUCCAGAACGUGGAGGAUUUCAUUCCCGAAGAAGGCCUUGACCACAGCUUUCUGGAUGACACAGUGCCCCAGAAGGAUGAGAAGAAAGUCGGAGCCAAGGUCCUACAGGACAGUGACAGCGAUGGGGAGGCCCCAGGUGGGAACCCGCUGGUGGCAGGUUUCCAGGAUGAUGUGGAUGUUGAAGAUAAGCCGCCCAGCAGGCCCCAACUGCCCCUGGGCCCCAGGGAAGAUGUGACUUCUUCCAGUGAGGAGGAAGCAGAGGGGGUGGCGGUGCACCCCAGGGCCACUGUCCUGGUCCCCGAGAAGUGCUCUGAGCCAGAGACCAAACGGCCCUCCACAAAGGCCACGAAGCUGCACAGGGGUGCGGCUCCCAGGGCUGUGGAGUCCCGCCGGCCAGGGGUCCGCAAGUCCCCCACCGAGGACCCCUCUGGAGGGCAUGAGGAGGGCAAGGACCAGCAGGCAGCGUCAUCAGAGAGUGACCCUGAAGGGCCCAUCGCCGCCCAGAUGCUCUCCUUUGUCAUGGACGACCCCGACUUUGAGAGCGACUCGGACCCUCAGCGGAGAGCGGAUGAGUUCCCAGUGCGAGAGGACCUCUCUGACGAGACAGACGAGGAUGCUGGUCCUGCCCAGCCACCCCCACCCCCGAAGCCCCCUGUGUCCUCCUUCAGACUGAAGAAUGACUCGGACCUCUUCGGGUUGGGACUGGCGGAGACGGGCCGCAAGGAGAUCAGCGAUGAAGAUAAGGAGGGCAAGCCUCCCACGAAAGAGAAGAAGAAGAAGAAGAAGAAAGGCAAAGAGGAGGAAGAAAAGGCCGCGAAGAAAAAGAGCAAGCAUAAGAAGAGCAGAGACAAGGAGGAAGGCAGGCAAACGCGGCGGCGGCGGCCCAGGGGUACAGAGAGCACCGCUGUGGACGAGCUGGAGGCCUUCCUGGGGGGCGCGGCCCCGGGGGGCCACCUCCGCGGGGGCGGGGACUACGAGGAGCUGUAG